AUGGGAAUCUGGAAUAACUAUGAAAAACACACUGAAAUAAUUGUGUUUGACUGGAACAAAAUUCUUGCGAAGUCCCCAAGGAUGAGAUUCUGUGCCAAAUCAAUGCUUCUGUCUGACUGGCUCUUUCUGGUCUAUGUGUUAAUGGUCUGCUGUAAAUUGUUGUCCGCCUCUAGUCACCAUCCCCGGGGGCACACAGGCCAGCACCAGGUGAAGCAAGGCACGUGUGAAGUGGUGGCCGUGCACCGGUGCUGCAACAAGAACCGGAUCGAGGAGCGGUCCCAGACCGUGAAGUGCUCCUGCUUCCCGGGCCAGGUGGCUGGCACCACACGGGCUCAGCCCUCCUGCGUGGAAGCUUCCAUUGUCCUGCAGAAGUGGUGGUGUCACAUGAACCCCUGUUUGGAUGGAGAGGACUGUAAAGUACUACCAGACUAUUCAGGUUGGUCUUGCAGCAGUGGAAAUAAAGUCAAAACCACAAAGGCAAGUACAGAGAUCACCUCUAUUUAAGGGUGCCAGUCUGCUGAUUGCUGUUGUUGCAUUGUGAUGUGUAUCUAUGGGUGUGAGCACCAGUCUUGGCCUUUUCAAAGUUUUGGAAAGAUGCGAUUAAUGUAGUUGCUCCCAGAGGAAAUAUUUGGUCAGAACUGUCCCCUCACUUCUGCAGUUAAACUGAAAAUGGUCCUGGUUCAGUCUUCAGUGAGCCAAAGAAACUAUUUCAUUGUGCUCAGUGCCAGAGGGAUAAUCAUGUUCCAGAACCAAUUCUUCAAUUUGUAGACUAGUACAGGGAUCCAAGAUCUUCACCACUGUCUUAUAAAGUUAGAUUCCUGUGCUGGACAGCCUUUUAGUUGUUGAAAACCUGCACUGAUGCCACUGUGCCACUGAACACCACUGGAAAUCAGGUUGGUUCAGAAUAUUUCUACUUACAGACUACCCUGUAGCUGGCCUGUUUUUGUUUUUUUUUUUUUGUUUUGGUUUUUUUUUGGUUUUUUUUUUGUUUUUUUGCUUUUUUUUUUUAAAUUCCAGACCUUUGCUAUAUCAUUUUAUUUCCUAAUUAAUGGAGAGAAAAUAUCAUGUCCUCUGUCUGCUUGGCAAUUUAAAAUGAGUUCAGUGCAUUGUAGUUCAGCAAGUCACAGCAAACUGCAUGGCUAAAUACAUCAUAAACCAGGAGUCUUUAGCUUGCAAUAGCAAGGAGAGACAUAUGCUCAGCUUUUCCCUUUACAGCCUCUUCUAGCUGGGAAAGAAUGUUGUUCAUUAGGUUACAGUCUGAGUUAAUAAGCAAUACUGUCACCAAAUGUUCUUUAGUAAAGGCUGUUCUGAGGAGUGAAAACUGCACUAAUUUCUGGAUGGGUGAGAGGAAAUUGGAUGUUUUGGGCAGCUGUGGUGUGAUACUGAUAUAGACAUUGCACACUGGCACAGA